UUCCUUUGCGUCGAGACCGCAACACUACUGCAGUCCCUGAGACACGGUGGACACGCGACGAGUCUAGUAUACAUUUCCGGCAACGGUGACCGAGGCAUAAUUUAGCAUAUCUAAUGAAACAUUGAACGCGUAGUAAUUAAAAAAUGGGUAACCCAUCAGAUCACGUCGAAACUCCACUUACCGGUGGAUAUCUGCUGAUUGUAUUAGCCGAACCCAGGAGUGCUGAACACAAAUUAGCUAUAUUGAAAAAACUCACAAAAGGGCUUUCGUGUUGGAAUUAUGAAGAGAGUGGUGUUGAAAUAGUUACUGAACUCAAUGCUAUUGUUAAUCAAAAUAUCGAAGGCGAAGAAGGCAAAAACGGUGAACAACUUUUUCAAUAUGUAAGUGAUAAUUUAGUGGCAGAAAUUCUUAUUAACCCUCAACAUAGUACAUUAGUACAAUGCGUAAGAAACUUAUUGGCAAGUUUUACUAAGUAUAGAUGCAUCAUUCAUGCAGGAUAUUCGUUUACAGAAAAUGGAUCAUGGAUCCUUCAGGAUGGUUCGUUUUCUGUCACCGACUUCUUAGAUGCAUAUAAAACGGCUGAAGCUCAGCGCACAAUUAGGCUUCAUGAAAACAAUAUUCGUAUUGAUCUUCAUUGUUCUGCAGACGCUGAUUGGAAUCAAGUUAGUCGAGUUAAGGGCACGCGUUUUUUAUUAAAUCCGCCAGAAAAAAUAGUUGACAAUGAAUCAAUUGAAUCAACCGUAAGAUGGCUUUGUGAUAAAAUUGAAGUAGUUGAACUUGAUACACUACUGGAAGGGUCACAAGUUGUUGGAAAUAUCAGAUUUAGUAGACCUACGCUUUAUGUGUUUCCUGCUGGUCAAGGUGAUUCCGCUCUAUUUGGCAUCAAUGGAUUCAACAUGUUAAUCGAUGGAGGAGCGGGAAGAAAUUCUUGUUUUUGGGGUUUCGCAAGACAUUUAGAUCGGUUAGAUGCAGUACUAUUAACAAGACUCAACAGUAGUAAUUUAGAGGGAGUUGCAUCAUUUCUAAAACGAAAAACUAUGUCCUCAUUGUAUCCACAAAUAGGACAUUUUUUCUGUAACUUCAAGACAAGAAAACAAAUAUCAUCUCCAAACAUAGAUGAUAAACAAGAUGUUCUAUCAAUUAGUUUAAUAGAUACAGCACAAAGCAUAAUAACUGAUCUUAAACAAUUGCAACUUCGUCCGCAUUUAUGUUAUCGAAAUAUAAAUUUAGAGCCAAUCAAUUUAUAUCAUAAAGUUGGUCAUGGAAAAUUAGAUAUGUAUGUAUUAAAUCCUUCUAAAGAUAGUAAAGAGGUAAAAGACUUUUUGACAAAAUGGAAUGAAGGUGAUCAAAAAUUAUUCAAUCCUACAAAAGAUUUACAGUUUCCAUUGCCUAACGUUAUAUCUGUUUGUACACUGUUAGUAUGGCAACCAGCAAAUCCAAACACUACAAUCACUAGAAUUUUGUUUCCAGGAAGUAGUCCUCAAAAUAAGAUAUUUGAAUCUUUAGAAAGAGUCAGGCAUCUUGAAUUUUUAAAGCAUCCAUCAUGUUCUCUUAAAUCAAUGAGCUCAGCUACAUCAGUAACAGUCAAAUCUCAAACAACUAAGAAGACAGUUCUUGAAAAAAUGAUUCCAGGUGAAACUAAAACCAUUAAGACAACGGAAAAUUUAGAAGUAUCAACAUCAGCCUCAAAUUCUGUUAUACAAACAGCUAUAAUACCAACAGUACCCAAAGAAGGAACUCCAAGACCAAAGUUUCCUGUUGAGGCAGAAAAACCAAAACCAAAUGUGAAGACAGUUAUAAAAGAAACAACAAACACGAAAUCAAAAGUUGAACAUAAAUAUAGUUCAAUUAGCGCAAAAGUAAAUUCAAACAAGGUUGUUCAAAAAAGUACAACUACUAGAAAAACAUUAAAAUUAUCAUCUAAAUCUCCUCCUACUGAUAAAUCAUCCCCCACUACUCCAAUUGAAAAUCAAGAUAAAGCUCCUAAGACAGUUAAACAAGUUAUUAAACCAAAAUCAACAACUAAUACAACAAAAUCUCCUUUAAGCACUCCUACUAAAAGUAAAAAAGAGGAAGCAAAUCGUAAAGUUUUGGUUUCUUCAAGAACGAAUUCUGGUUUAAAACGAACUCCAAUAACUAAAAAAGAAACGAAACCAGCCAAUCCAAUAAGUACCGAAAUUGGAGGAGUUUCUUUGAAAAAAGAUUCAAAUAUAGUUUAUAAAUCAAGUUUGAUCAGUUGUGAUAAAGAUAAAAGCGGUGAAGAAGAAGACAUUUUAAUAGUAGAGAAAGUAGCAAUUACACCAGAAAAACUUUUGACUCCUGAUGGAAAAAAAAUCAUUGCAAAUGAAUUGGAUGGGAUUUUAACAACAGCUAAAGAUAUAGUAAUUAAAGAAAAAUGUAUAGAAAAAUUAUCUGAUUCUGGAGCCACUACAGCCCCCACCAUGCCAGAAGAUGAAAAAACAACUGAAUCAAAAAAAGAAAAUGAAAUUAAUGAAUCAGACAAAAAAAUCGAAGAGGAUAGAAAAGCUAAAGAUGCAUUAAAAACACCAGAUGAGGUGGCCGAUUUACCAUUCCAUGAAGAAGCAGAUGAACAUAAAAAAAAAGUUACUGAAAAAGAAUUUGAUACAGAAAUUGAAACACAAGAAAUUGUACAAGUGGAAAACGCCGAAUAUGUACUGGUAUCAUUAGAUUCAUCUCCAGAAGCAUUAAAACGACAAGUGUUAGAUACAGUUAAUUUGUUGGAUGCAGAACUUGAUGAAGAUUCUGAUAAAGAAGAUGAAAAUGUAGAAACAAAGCAAAGUAAAAAACAUACUGAUAUUGAUGAAAAAACUAAAUUAAUAGAACAUUUAUUAGAGUCAUCCAAAGAUUUAUGUGAAAUCACUGACAAACUUGAUGAAUUAAAAAAACAAAACAAACACGAGGCCACCAAUCACCAAAUUCAUGAUCAUUUACAAACUUAUUAUCACGAAAAUAACGAAAAAACUACAUUAACUACAAAAGUUUCAAUUGGAUCUGAGUCUAUCACAAAUGAACAAAAAUGUAUUCCAGAAAAAUCUAGUGAUAAACAAGAUUCAAAGGCGUCUAGUAAAGCAAGUUCAGUUUGCGAUGAUCCUGUUAAAUCUCCAGUUCAUGAAACUAUAAAGUCCAUUACUAAGGUUACUAGUAGAUCAGGAUCCAUUACAGAAGAACAAGAGAGUAUUCCAGACAAAAUCAAUGAGAAACAACAUUCUAAAGUAUCUAGUAAUGAGGAUUCAGUUAGUGAUGAACCAGUCAAAUCUCCGAUUCAUGAAACUACUACGUCAUCUACGAAAACUCCAAGUAGAUCUGAAUCUAUUACAAAUGAAAAAGAAAGUAUUCCAGACAAACUCAAUGAGAAACAAGAUUCGAAGGCAUCUAGUAAAGCGGGUUCAGUUUGUGAUGAGCCUGUUAAAUCUCCAGUUCAUGAAACUACUACAUCAUCUACUAAAGCUCCAAGUAGAUCAGAAUCUAUUACUAUCGAACAAGAAAUUAUUCCAGAAAAAUCCAGUGAUAAACAAGAUUCAAAGGCACCCAGUAAAGCGGGUUCAAUUUGCGAUGAGCCUGUUAAAUCUCCAGUUCAUGAAACUACUACGUCAUCUACGAAAGCUCCAAGUAGAUCUGAAUCUAUUACAAAUGAAAAAGAAAGUAUUCCAGACAAACUCAAUGAAAAACAAGAUUCGAAGGCAUCUAGUAAAGCGGGUUCAGUUUGUGAUGAACCAGUUGAAUCUCCAGUUCAUGAAACCAUAAAUUCCAUUACUAAGGUUACUAGUAGAUCAGGAUCCAUUACAGAAGAACAAGAGAGUAUUCCAGACAAAAUCAAUGAGAAACAACAUUCUAAAGUAUCUAGUAAUGCGGGUUCAGUUAGUGAUGAACCAAUCAAAUCUCCGAUUCAUGAAACUACUACGUCAUCUACGAAAACUCCAAGUAGAUCUGAAUCUAUUACAAAUGAAAAAGAAAGUAUUCCAGACAAACUCAAUGAGAAACAAGAUUCGAAGGCAUCUAGUAAAGCGGGUUCAGUUUGUGAUGAACCAGUUGAAUCUCCAGUUCAUGAAACCAUAAAUUCCAUUACUAAGGUUACUAGUAGAUCAGGAUCCAUUACAGAAGAACAAGAGAGUAUUCCAGACAAACUCAAUGAGAAGCAAGAUUCUAAAGCAUCUAGUAAAGCAGGUUCAGUUUGUGAUGAACCAGUCAAAUCUCCGAUUCAUGAAACUACUACGUCAUCUACGAAAACUCCAAGUAGAUCUGAAUCUAUUACUAUCGAACAAGAAAUUAUUCCAGACAAACUCAAUGAGAAACAAGAUUCUAAAGCAUCUAGUAAAGCGGGUUCAGUUUGUGAUGAACCAGUCAAAUCUCCGAUUCAUGAAACUACUACGUCAUCUACGAAAACUCCAAGUAGAUCUGAAUCUAUUACAAAUGAAAAAGAAAGUAUUCCAGACAAACUCAAUGAGAAGCAAGAUUCUAAAGCAUCUAGUAAAGCAGGUUCAGUUUGUGAUGAGCCUGUUAAAUCUCCAGUUCAUGAAUCUACUACAUCAUCUACUAAAGCUCCAAGUAGAUCAGAAUCUAUUACUAUCGAACAAGAAAUUAUUCCAGAAAAAUCCAGAGAUAAACAAGAUUCAAAGGCACCCAGUAAAGCAGGUUCAGUUUGCGAUGAGCCUGUUAAAUCUCCAGUUCAUGAAUCUACCACAUCAUCUACUAAAGCUCCAAGUAGAUCAGAAUCUAUUACUAUCGAACAAGAAAGUAUUCCAGACAAACUCAGUAAGAAACAAGAUUCGAAUUCAUCUAGUAAAGCAGGUUCAGUUUGUGACGAGCCUGUCAAAUCUCCGAUUCAUGAAACUACUACGUCAUCUACGAAAACUCCAAGUAGAUCUGAAUCUAUUACAAAUGAAAAAGAAAGUAUUCCAGACAAACUCAAUGAGAAGCAAGAUUCUAAAGCAUCUAGUAAAGCAGGUUCAGUUUGUGAUGAGCCUGUUAAAUCUCCAGUUCAUGAAACUACUACAUCAUCUACUAAAGCUCCAAGUAGAUCAGAAUCUAUUACAAAUGAAAAAGAAAGUAUUCCAGACAAACUCAAUGAGAAGCAAGAUUCUAAAGCAUCUAGUAAAGCAGGUUCAGUUUGUGAUGAGCCUGUUAAAUCUCCAGUUCAUGAAUCUACUACAUCAUCUACUAAAGCUCCAAGUAGAUCAGAAUCUAUUACUAUCGAACAAGAAAUUAUUCCAGAAAAAUCCAGAGAUAAACAAGAUUCAAAGGCACCCAGUAAAGCAGGUUCAGUUUGCGAUGAGCCUGUUAAAUCUCCAGUUCAUGAAUCUACUACAUCAUCCACUAAAGCUCCAAGUAGAUCAGAAUCUAUUACUAUCGAACAAGAAAUUAUUCCAGAAAAAUCCAGAGAUAAACAAGAUUCAAAGGCACCCAGUAAAGCAGGUUCAGUUUGCGAUGAGCCUGUUAAAUCUCCAGUUCAUGAAACUACUACAACAUCUACUAAAGCUCCAAGUAGAUCGGAAUCUAUUACUAUCGAACAAGAAAUUAUUCCAGAAAAAUCCAGUGAUAAACAAGAUUUAAAGGCAUCCAGUAAAGCAGGUUCAGUUUGUGAUGAACCAAUUGAAUCUCCAGUUCAUGAAAUCAUAACAUCCAUUACUAAGGUUACUAGUAGAUCUGGAUCCAUUACUAUCGAACAAGAAAUUAUUCCAGACAAACUCAAUGAGAAACAAGAUUCUAAAGCAUCUAGUAAAGCGGGUUCAGUUUGUGAUGAACCAGUCAAAUCUCCUAUCCAUGAAACUACUACGUCAUCUACGAAAACUCCAAGUAGAUCUGAAUCUAUUACAAAUGAAAAAGAAAGUAUUCCAGACAAACUCAAUGAGAAGCAAGAUUCUAAAGCAUCUAGUAAAGCAGGUUCAGUUUGUGAUGAGCCUGUUAAAUCUCCAGUUCAUGAAACUACUACAUCAUCUACUAAAGCUCCAAGUAGAUCAGAAUCUAUUACUAUCGAACAAGAAAUUAUUCCAGAAAAAUCCAGUGAUAAACAAGAUUCAAAGGCAUCCAGUAAAGCAGGUUCAGUGUGUGAUGAGCCUGUUAAAUCUCCAGUUCAUGAAACUACUACGUCAUCUACUAAAGCUCCAAGUAGAUCAGAAUCUAUUACUAUCGAACAAGAAAUUAUUCCAGAUAAGCUCAGUAAGAAACAAGAUUCGAAUUCAUCUAGUAAAGCAGGUUCAGUUUGCGAUGAGCCUGUUAAAUCUCCAGUUCAUGAAACUACUACGUCAUCUACGAAAGCUCCAAGUAGAUCUGAAUCUAUUACAAAUGAAAAAGAAAGUAUUCCAGACAAACUCAAUGAGAAACAAGAUUCGAAGGCAUCUAGUAAAGCGGGUUCAGUUUGUGAUGAACCAAUUGAAUCUCCAGUUCAUGAAAUCAUAACGUCCAUAUCUAAGGUUACUAGUAGAUCUGGAUCCAUUACAGAAGAACAAGAAAGUAUUCCAGAAAAAUCCAGUGAUAAACAAGAUUUAAAGACAUCCAGUAAAGCAGGUUCAGUGUGUGAUGAGUCUGUUAAAUCUCCAGUUCAUGAAACUACUACGUCAUCUUCUAAAGCUCCAAGUAGAUCAGAAUCUAUUACUAUCGAACAAGAAAAUAUUCCAGACAAACUCAAUGAGAAACUAGAUUCUAAAACAUCUAGUAAAGCGGGUUCAGUUUGUGAUGAGCUUGUAAAAUCUCCAAUUCAUGAAACUAUUACGUCCACUUCUUAUGUUACUAGUAUAUCUGGUUCUAUUACUGUAGAACGAGAGACAAUUCCAGAAAAACCUAUCGAUAAACAUGAUUCAAGAGAAUCUUAUAAAGCAGCUUCAGUUUGUGAUGACGUAGUAAAAUCUCAGGUUCAUGAAUCAAUUAAAGUUAUUAGUGGAUCUGAUUCGAUUACUGAUGAACACGAGUGUAAUGCUUCUAACGAAGUAACUGGCUCUGUUAGCGACGAACCAGUAAUAUCUUCAGUUCAUAAAAGAUUAUCAUCUAGUGGUACUACUACAAGUACAUUCAAUUUAGGUACGUCUUCAAAUAAAGUUGAUUCCUCAAAUGAAGAAAUCACAUAUGUUUCUGUAAAAGACAAUCAUGAACCUAAUACAUUUAACAAUGGUGUUUUUACUUCUAUUGAACCAAUAGAUAUACAUUUUCUAGAAAAAAAUAGUAAGAAAGAAGUUAUUGCUUGUAGUACCAAUUCAAAAGACGAAUUACUCAAAUCUGUAUCAUGUAAUAACAAUUGUUCUACUGUAGAUAAUAUUAGUUCGGACAUAUCCUUCAAAGAACAAGAAUCAGUUUCUAAAUUAUUAAUAAGUAAAAAUAUUCCGAUUUGCCUAGAUACGGAAAGUACACCAAUAUCUGACACGGACAAGUAUGAUGUUGAAACCUGUAGUAGUAAAGAUUCAUUUAGUCAGGAUAAAAAUGAAUCUGCAACAGUGUCAUCAAGUAGUAUUAGUUCAAUUUGUCAAGAAGUAAAUACUCAAUCUUCAAAACUUUCUAGUAGGAAAAGUUCUGUUAUCGAUGAAUCAAUUGAUAAACCUUUAAAAUUACAAAUUGGGGAAAAGAGUUCCAGUCUUCAAGAAACAAAUAUUUAUGAACCUAACAUUGAUGAUAAUAAUACUAAAAUAUUCAUUAAAUCUGGAUCUUUGUGUGAUGAAUUGCUAAAUAUGUCGUUUAAUAAAGCAACAGAAAAUGUUAUUUCAAAUAAAACAUAUGAGCAAGCAGUUUCUUCAACAUCUAUUGCUGAAUAUACUGAAUCUAAAAUGGAAGAUAAAGUGGAAUCUGUGUGUGAAGAACCAAUCAAGACUCAUAAUGAUGAUAUUCUUAUAAAAGAAAAUUCAAUUCCAAGUACACCUAAUUCAAUUCUCUUAAAAACUGAAGAAGAAAAAUGUCAGCCGUCAAGUACGAGUUCUCUAUUCGAUGAAACACAGAAAUUACAAAUUGAAAAUAACGAAAUCAUUUUGUCACCUUCUGACAACAAUAAAAAUAACUCUAAUGUAAUUGAAAAAAAAGUGAAAGAAUCAAAAUCUUUAGGUAGAAUAGGUUCUUUGUGUGAAGAAAUCGCUAAAUUUUUAACUGAUGAUGAUAAAAAAAUGUCCACUAAUAUUACAUCUGAAUCGCCGUGUAGUAUUCCGUUAAAAACUAAUAUUGAAGAAUUAAAAGUUAAAACUGAAUCAUUUUUACAUCUUGAUAAAAAUACUAAUGCUUUAAAUAUGGUUGAUAAAUCUUUACAACCUAACGAUGAAGUUAAAGUUAAUGAAAAACGUGAUAACAUAAAUGAGAAAAAUGAAAAAAAUACAGAUCAUAGUCUUCCUGCUGAAAAUAUCACUAUUUCUAAUAUUAAAUCCCCAGAUAUUUCAACAUUAUUGAUUGAAGAAAAUAAUAAGACUGGUAUAAUGAAUGUUGCUCAAAUAGUAGGUAAAAAUAUCAAUGACCAUCUUACCAAACAUACGGAUAUUUCUGAUAAUGAAUCCAAAAUUUUAAAAACUGUCAUUCCAAUUUCUAGUAUCACUUCUGAAGAAUGUAUUAGUAAAUCAUCAAAUGUUUUAAUUGAAGAUGUAGUGAAAGUAUCUGAUGAGAAAAAUAUCAUAAAUAAUUCAUCAUUAACACACAUUUGUGUAAACCAACCAUUAGGUGUUACUCUGAAUAGCGAAGAUUUGGGUGUUACUAAAGAGAUAGUGAUGCAAUUAAAAAGAGAUGUACACGAAGCAUUGCAUCAAUGUAGUAGUGAUGACGAGCGACCAUUUACUCCACAUAGCGAGUCUAGCAUGUCUAGAUCGGCAAUGAAUAUUGAUGAUGAUGAUGAUGAUAAUGAAUACAAUAAAAUUGAAACUGAUGAUGAUAUGGCUGGGUCUCCUAUGUCAACUGGACCAUCCCCUAUACAAAUGCAACUCGAUAAUAGACAAGUGGAAAUUAAUAUGGAUUUUAAUAAAGCUAUUCAGGAACAUAGGAUUACUAGAGGAGAAGAUUUGACAACUACCGAAACAAAUGGUAACCUUGUUACAGAAAUUAAAACAACUGAACAUGAUAAUAUUAAUCAAAACCAAGGUACUUCAUCCGAUACGGUCCAAAGUUGGGGUAAACCAUUAGGUCUACCUCCAGUGCAAAGCAUUAAUAAUAACGGUUUUGAUCCAAUUCGUGAGUGGGGAAAGCCAUUAGGUCUUCCAUCUCCAACACAACCGGUCCUUGAACUUGGAGAAACUCAAAAUAUGAGCAGUAAGACUACACCCAAGAAGAGCGUGAAAAAGAUUAUAGACAACAAACCAAUAAUUAAUGUCAUGGAUAAAGACGCACAGAAUCGAAUCCGACGAUCGGAGUCACCGAGUAAACUCAGGAGUCGAUCAUCUAGUCGUAUGUCGAGAAUUAAUCCCGUUUACUUGGAUCUUAUUUAUGUCCCACAUCAUGGAAAUUCAAAAUAUGUAUCUGCUGACUUUUUUAAGCGCGUACGCGCUAGAAAUUACGUUUUUAGCGGUACUGACCCUAGUAAAGAAGUCUUAAAUGCCUUAAUCGAAGGCAAACAGGCUUGGGAGGAUCAAGAUUUAGAAGUCACCAUAAUACCGACUUAUGAUACUGAUACACUGGGUCAAUGGGUGGCAGAAAAUGAGGAAUUGCUGACCAAGUUGAAGAUUGAUUUAAGUCCUAGCGCCAGCCGAUGCACGAUCAAAUUACAAGAUCAUAAUACCAGCUGCUCCGCGUAUAGACUAGAAUUUUAAUUAAAUAAUUAUAGAUAUAUACUAAUGCGAGUAAUGAAAUAGUCUUCGUCCAUCAUAUUAUUAGAAAUAUAUUGUUAAGUGUGAUAACUGAUAACUGUCUGUCCAUUUUACUUCUUAAUGAAAUGUAUGGCUGCUUUAUAUUAUAUUAUUAGUGUAAACAAGUACAACAAGUAUAUUCGCUUCCGUUCUGAUUUUUUAUUUUUUUGCAGAGCGUGCGAAUAAACAAUGCACAUUAAAUUACAAGACUGGACAAUCCAUCCUGGGUAGUUCUACUUUUUCAUUCUGUUUCAUAUGAAAAUUUUUUAAUAAAUUUCAAGCUACUUUUUAUUCAUUCACAUUUUUUUAGUACUAACAUCAGGCGCUUCUAUUUCACUUUAACCAACUUUAUUAUUGUUCAAUAAUUACUUUUUUUCUUAAAAUAUUAACAGUAAGAUACGCAACGCAUAAUAUAUGCUUUAUAAGUUUUCACUUGAAUAUGUGUAUUGUGUAAUGUAAAAGAUAAUGAAAAUAGCAGAUAUUUUAUCAUAAUAUAGUUUUUACAAAUUCACUUUGGGAAUUGGAACUUAAACAUGUCGAAAACGUUAUGUGAUGAACAUUUUUAAUAAUACAUUUUUACGAACUGACUGUACGACAGGGUAAUCGGAGAGACCGUUUAAAAUCGGAUAAUAAAUUGCUGAAUAACCUUUAUACCUAAUAUGUUUUAGUUAUUUAAUUUUUAAUCCCACAAACAAUUGUU